GUCUUGUUUUGUAAUUACGCAAAUAACGUCGGCAAAAGCCACCACAUGCUCCUCUAUAAAUACAUAUAUGUGUAGUGAAGCUCUUGCCGGUGAACGACAUACGACUUUUUUUUUCUACUGAAACCAUUAUUUCAUUACCGGUUUGUUGAUCAACAAGAUGGGCUAAGUAGGGCAGGCUGUUUAAUCCCGCUGCAGACCUUCAACACCGCUGCACGGUGCAGUACAGCAGAGGACCUGACCACCGGGGCCGCAAUAUCACAGGCUCUGCAUCAAAUAGACCCAUCUUGGUUCACUGAUGGUUGGCUCACUCGCAUCAAAACCGACGUCGAGGACAACUGGAGACUGAAGAGGGCGCUGCUGCACCCGUUUUAGCCUGCAAUCUCAACAACCUGAAGAAGAUCCUGCAGAUGGUGCUGGAGUACUACAAUGAGGUGUUGGUGCAGGGCCUCUCUGACUUCCCCCUGCCAGACGUGGCCCUGGUGGCAGAGCAUUCAUCCCCCGUUGAGCUGGGGAGGCUGCUGCAGCUCGUCCUGGGCUGCGCUGUCAAAUGUGAGCGCAAACAAGAGUACAUUCAGAUCAUCAUGACGCUGGAGGAGUCUGUGCAGCAUGUUGUCAUGGCGGCCAUCCAGGAGAUCCUAAGUAAAGAGACCAUGACCCCCUUUGGAGUGGAGCUGCCAGGGGACCAAGAACAGCAGCUGGGAAAGGCUUUGAAAGACCUGCAUGAACUUUCAGCACAGAAGGAAGCACUAUCCCAACGCUGCCAGGAGCUGGACCAACAGGUGGCCGUUCUCCAAGAAGAACGAAACAGUCUAUUGGCAGAGAACGAUGUCCUAACCGACCGAGCCAAUCAGCUGGAUACCUUCGAUGACCCAAACACGCCCUCGGGCAGGAAGUACACUCAAUUACAGCAGCAGUUUGAGGUGCUGCAGGAGGAGAGCUUCCGGCUGGAGGCUGCAAAGGACGACUACCGGAUCCACUGUGAAGAACUAGAGAAGCAGCUGGUGGAGGUUCAGCACCGCAACGACGACCUUACCAGCCUGGCGGAGGAAUCCCGAGCCCUCAAAGACGAGCUGGACGUUCUGAGGAGCUGUUCGGACCGAGUGGUAAUGCUGGAGACUUCGGUGGAAACCUACAAGCGAAAGCUGGAGAACCUGGGGGACCUGAAGAGGCAGAUGAAGCUGCUGGAAGAAAAUAACAUGAUCUACAUGCAGAACACCGUCAGCUUGGAGGAGGAGCUACGCAAGGCCAACGCCGCCCGUGCACAGCUGGAGACGUACAAGCGACAGGUGCAAGAGCUCCACAGGAAAUUGUCAGAUGAGACGAGGCGAGCAGAUAACCAGGCCUUUGAGAUGAAGAAGUUGGAGGAGAGGCAUGAGCUGGUGAUGAAGGAGAAGGAGCGCAUCAUCAUCGAGAGAGAUUCUCUGAAGGAGAUCAAUGAGGAGCUUCGAUGCACCCAAGCACAGCAGCACCAGCUCUCCCAAGCAGGCAUGCUCCCAUCCAGCAGCCCCAGCCACGACAACCUGGCAGCCGAGUUAAUCCCCAUGGAACACAGAGAGAAGUUCAUCAGGCUUCAGCACGAGAACAAGAUGCUGAGAGUGCAGCAGGAGGAGUUUGAGAGGGAAAAGAUCGCCUCUCUGCAGGUUCAGCUGGAGGAAGCUCACAAGACCCACAGCGAGUUGGGGACAGAGAACAGGUUGAGUCGAGAGCGAAUCGGCGAGCUGCAGCAGCAGGUUGAGGACCUUCAGAAGGCCCUGCAGGGUCAGGCAGUGAAGCCCGAUGAUUCCAACCUAAAGCGGAAACUCGACGCUCACAUGGUCCAGCUCAACGAGGCUCAGGAUGAAAUCAUGAAGAAGAAAGAACUGCUGGAAGACCUCCAGCCUGACAACACUCAAACCUCACUGAAGUUGGAUGAGCUAAUGGCCGCUCUGAAAAAGAAGGACGACGACAUGAGGGCCAUGGAAGAGAGGUACAAGAUGUACCUGGAGAAAGCUCGCAAUGUUAUCAGAGCCCUGGACCCAAAACUGAAUCCUGCCACCGCUGAGAUCCAGGCUCUGAAGAACCAGCUGGCGGACAGGGACAAACAGAUCCUCAACCUGGAGCGCCAGUGUGAGCAGGCCCGACUGCGAGAGUACGAGGAGAAGCUGAUAGUCUCUGCCUGGUACAACAAGAGUCUGAACUUUCAGAAGCUGGCCAUCGAGUCACGUCUCGGAGGCCGCACCGCCUCCGCGCUGUCCCCCGGCCAAUCCUUCUUGUCCCAACAGCGCCAGGUUUCCAGCGCCCCCCGUCGGGCGCUCUCUAUCAGUGUGCCGAGCACCGCCUCCAAGUAGAGCUGCUCAGAGCCAUGUGCCUCCCCUUUAGAGUAGCUCAGGGACUGAUCAUACACUCAAGUGACCUUAAACACAUCGCACCGGCCGGGGGGGAGCACAGGCGGUAGGGACAGUCUGGAAGUUUACCUGGCUGAGCCGACAUCAGCAGGUGACUUACACGCCCCAAGUGUGCACAUCAGGAAUAUUUCACACGCUGCCAGCAGACCCAACAGAACUUUGUCAAGCCCUCAUAAUAUACUUCAUGUGAUUCUAAUCAUGUCAUGUGUUGUUGUGUGUAGGACUUACUGUACUCUACUAUCAUGACGGCUGAUACAUUUGGUGCUGGCCACCACUGCUUACAUGCACUAGUAAGUUGCUUUAAAAAGUUCAUCAGGGAAGCUGUAAGUUGAAGGCUGUGUCUCAAAUGGAAGAGUACACUUACAUAUGUACGUGUGCAUCUCAAUGCAUUCUAAUUUAUUUCAGUUUAAUCUAUACAUUUACUGAUGAUUUAUAGAUUGCAGCUCAUAAAUCCUACAAUCAGAAUCUCAAAUAUGCAAAAAAAAAUAGAUUUUGCACAAUAUUGACAUUAUUUGAGAGACGUGUGAGAGUUUUGACAUUUGCUAUCCCAAAUCCAUUGACAGUUGUUGCACACGUCACGAUAUUUAUCUUCUCUCUUUUUCUGUAAUGAAUUGCAACCACUCGAGUCAUGCGGCGUUGCCAAGAUGUCCAUGCUUCGAGUGUGGGAAUUCAGACAAACCCCAUGUCUAACAAUCAGAAGCUUAAAGAAAUUUGACAUCAGUGGGUACAAAUGGUAUUAGCUGCAAUAAUGUUGACACCAGCUUGUGAUGUCCCACGCCAGUGGAGUAAAUCGUACUUUAAAUUGUUGUGGCGCUGUGUGUUUUUCAGGUUACAUGAUGUUAUUCUUGUAGGGUUGGGUUAGUUGUUUUGGUUGCAGAGGCCAUGUUGUGUCAGAUGUUCAUAAUCAGCAUAAUGUGUAUUGUUUGGUAACACUCCUCUCUUUGCAGUGCACUUAAAGGCAUUCAUAGAAUUAUUACUGUUAAGAUCAGGUAGCACAGCACACUGUAUGUAAUGGAAAAAAAUAUAUUAAUAUGCUAUGGAAUUUGUUUUAAAGCAAAAUGACU